GAAGGCCCCAAGAAGAAGCAGACUCCCGACUCUGCGGCCCAAGCCCUCCCAGCGACGCCCCUCACCAACGCCUCCGCCAACAUGGAUUCGGACGACGACUUCAACAGCUCGCAGGUGAGCGAGGACGAGUUCAUGGACGACCAGGACAGCGACGACAGCAUGGGCGAAGACUCCGACUAUGACGAGUCGGACCAGGACGACGUGGGGUUUGAAUCGCAGGACAAGGAUAUCAAGCCCAGCAAGCACGCCUACGAAGUCGACUUCACCGUCUUCAGCCCGGCAGAGAUACAGUCACAUCAGGACAAGCAGAUCGGCGAGGUGUCGAGCAUCCUCGGCCAGCCGCCCGAAGCCACGGCCAUCCUCCUCCGGCACACGCGAUGGAAUAAGGAACGUCUCAUAGACCAGUACAUGGAGAAGAUGGACGAGGUUUUGGAGAGUGCAGGCCUGGACGAGAGUGCCGAGGCGCACCCCCCGGAACUGGAGCAGGUGAAGGGCUUCGUGUGCGAUAUCUGCUGCGAAGACGAACCCGGGCUGGAGACGUUCGCCAUGCGAUGCGGCCAUCGCUUCUGCGUGGAUUGCUACAAGCAGUACCUCCAGACCAAGAUCAAGGACGAGGGAGAAGCGGCGCGAAUCAAGUGCCCAGGCAACGGCUGCAACAGGAUUGUCGACUCCAAAUCGCUGGAUCUACUGGUCUCGGACAGUAUUCGGGACAGAUACAAAGAGCUGCUCACGCGAACCUAUGUCGAGGAUAAGGAGAACCUGAGGUGGUGUCCCGCGCCCAACUGCGAAUACGCCGUACAAUGUGCUGUAAAGGACAGGGACCUGCCACGCGUGGUACCAACGGUCCAUUGCUCGUGUGGACAUUUCUUUUGCUUUGGAUGCUCGUUGAACGACCACCAACCGGCCCCUUGCUCGCUGGUGAAGAAAUGGCUGAAGAAGUGCGAGGACGACUCCGAGACGGCCAACUGGAUUUCGGCAAACACCAAAGAGUGUCCCAAAUGCCACUCAACCAUCGAGAAAAACGGCGGCUGUAACCACAUGACCUGCCGCAAGUGUCGACACGAGUUUUGCUGGAUGUGCAUGGGGGUGUGGUCAGAGCACGGCACAAGUUGGUACAACUGCAACAGGUUCGAAGAGAAGAGUGGGUCCGAGGCUCGGGAUGCUCAGGCAAAGUCGAGACAAUCGCUCGAACGCUACCUGCAUUAUUACAAUCGGUACGCAAAUCACGAACAGUCAGCGAAAUUAGACAAGGACAUCUAUGUAAAGACGGAGAAGAAGAUGACGCAGCUGCAAAACAGCACUGGUAUGUCCUGGAUAGAAGUACAGUUCCUGGACUCUGCUUCCCAGGCUCUCCAGCAAUGUCGACAGACCCUCAAGUGGACCUACGCCUUUGCGUACUACCUUGCUCGGAACAACCUGACCGAGAUAUUCGAGGACAACCAAAAGGAUCUUGAAAUGGCCGUGGAGAAUUUGAGCGAGAUGUUCGAGAAGCCAAUCGACCAAUUACAGGGAUUGAAAGUUGAGAUGAUGGAUAAGACUGCUUAUUGCACCAAGCGGCGGAUCAUUCUGCUCGACGAUACCGCAGAGAAUUUGAAGAGUGGUAAUUGGGAGUUCAACGUGCCUCUAUGA